AUGCAGGGCGAUGCUCUUGGCUUUAUGCACCGAAUGGAGGAUGGAACCACUCUUGAUGACUCUAGUAGACAAGAAGACGAUUCCACCGGCACAGCGGAAUGCAACGAGGACGAUGAUGCGGGCUUUGACGCUGACAUUGCGAAUGACGUCUUUUGGCGUGUCCACGGAAACAAAUGCAUGACUUUGAAAUUCAGUCAAGCUGUAGUUUCCAGGCUCACAGAAGCAGCUCAAGCUGAAGUAGAUCGUGAGGCCGAGUAUGAGAACAAGAGCACCAGAAAGUUUGGGUUUCACCACAACUCGGUCGCCGAAGAGGACCCAUAG